AAAAACACUGCCUUACUUCGAGUCCCUCAGCCCCGCGAGGAGGUCCCCGCGCACCGCGCCGCCGUCGAAGAGCAUGUCCGCGGUGACGCCCGCGGACAGGUCCAGCAGCGCGGCGUCGGCGCCCUCGCCGUAGAAGUCCGCGUCGGCCGUCGAGGACGUGUACGUGAUCACGCACGCCAUCUCCGCGGCCUUGGCCGCCCGCAGCCCCACGAGCGAGUCCUCCACCACGACGCACCGGCUCUUGUCGACGCCGAGCCGCGCCGCCGCCAGGUUGUAGAUCUCGGGGUCCGGCUUCUUGUGCGUCACGUCGUCGCCCGCGAUGACCACGUCCAGCCGGGCCAGCCGCUCCUGGCCCACGAUGGCGUCCACGACCUUCUCGAAGCCGCCGCGCGUCGAGGCGGAGCAGAUGCCGACCGCGAGGCCCGGCGUCCUUAUCGCGUCGUCCAUGAGCUCGAGCGCGCCGGGCCGCGCCGUCGCCGUCGUCGCCACGAGCCGCUUGUAGCACUCCGUCUUGUAGUCCUGCAGGUCGUCGAUGAGCGCCAUGCCCUCCUCGAGGGUCGUGGCCGUCGCCCGGCCGCCCCGGCCGGACACGGUCGGCCACUCCUUCGCCGUCUCCGUGAAGUGGUACUUCAUCUUGGGCUUGCCGCCGCCGACGGUGUUCUGGAGCUUGUCGUAGUACGCCACGCUCCACUCGACGGGCGCGCCCGCCGUCUCGAGGCCGAACGCCGCGAAGGCCUCGUUGUACGCGAGCCGGUGCAGCUCCUCGGUCUCGACGAGGACGCCGUCGCAGUCGAAGAGGAGCGCGGCGUCGAACGCGAGCCGCCGCGUGGCCCCCCGGCUACUCCUCCGUCGCGCCGGCGCCACGAGCCCGAGCGCCGGCGCGAGCAGCGCCGCCGCGAGUAGGGUCCGCAUUAUCGGCUCUCCGGAGACGCAAUUUGUUGAGCGACUCGUGUGAUGUGGACUUUUGCAGGACUUUUGG